AUGGAGAAAGAACAAGAGCUUAUGCUCAAAAAAGCUCUUCUUGAACAAGAAUUGGAAUUCUUCAGAAUCCAAUUAAAACUUGUAAGACUAUUUAUGUCUGAACAAAAAAAGAAACUUUCUUCUCCUUCCUCUCCUAUGAGUCAAGAAGAAAAUGUAAGUGUUCAAAAGAACAUCGAACAAAAAGAGUUCAAUGUUUCAGCUCCUUUAAAAAGAAAAGAAACGUCUAGUCCUGAGCAAACGACUCCAGGUAAAGACUCAACAAAUCCGUUGAAGGUUUUGGAAUUACCAAAAAUCCAGACAAGAGUACAAACUCCAAUAACGUUGGCUACACGCUUAGACUUUAGUCUAAGACCCAACGGGGGAAUUCAAAUCCCAAAAACUGAAGGUUCAUCUUCAGGUUUAGGAACACCUGAGAAGGGAAUUCCAAUCCCAGAGAAAUGGUUACAAAUUCCUAAUAAAAAUUCAAAACCAUACUACAUUGUAUUCAAUCGACUCAACGCUGUUAUAUUCGAAGACUGGAAUAUCACCAAAAAGGCAACAAAAGGAAUUAAAAAUAUCAAAAAUAAAAAGUUUAAGAACUUUCUUGAAGCCAAGAUAGAUGCAGAUCAAUACACAAGAUCGGAAAGGUGCUUAGAUUUACACCUUAUUACUGCAGCAGAGACCUUAAGGCCUAACACAUUCAAGUUAGCCUUAAACUCUACCAAAAGUUCCAAAACCGUCCUUGGAAGCCUUCCAAGAAAAACUCCCAAAAACACUGAAGAAGUCACACCUGACCUCCCACUAGAAAUACUGAUAAAAGACUUCGAGUAUUGUUAUAGUUUUUCAGCGGAUGACAAGAUCUUCGUCGUUGGAUAUGAUGCCAAUGAGAAGACCUUAAUCUACAGCAAAUACAGCAAAGAGAUUUCUCCAGCCGAUGAGCAACUGUUCUUAGGCUUCCAAAACUCCCUGCUAAAGCCAGACUUAAUCGGUGAACACGUGGAAGACAUAUGUAAGACGCUCCACAAAAGCACUAAGAGAUACAACUGUCAAUGCCUAACCAUCAAGGUGGCCUCCACUACCGAAAAUAUUAAUGUCAAAGCUAUUAUUAAAGAAGAUUCCUCGACAAGCUCCAGAUAA